AACACCUGACCUUUCCUUCCCUUUACCUUCAUUUUACCCUAGCGACCCUCCGACCCAGACAGAGGGAUUAUCCCCAAAACCUCGGUCCUCGCGACAGAAUUUCUAGGGAGAAGGAGAUACACUAGCCCACCAUCCUCUUAGGUUCCCAAUCACCCACCACUAUCGCGACGCGCAAUCGGUCACAUUCUCGUAACCCGAUCGCCACCGUCCCCGACGACCGUAGGAUGGCAACUGAGUCACCCAAACAGCGAUCUGAUGAAGCUACUCUAACUUCCUCCACCGAGCCCACAAUCAAGGUCGACUCCGACUCGCAAAAUGUCGAUUCCAAACAGCCGCACGUAAACGGCGAGGCCUCCGCUGCCGCGACGGACGAGCUCGAGAACAAGCACAUAUCCGAUAUCGUCGACGAUUUGGUGAAUUCGACAGAAGUUAGCAUUAGUGGAGGAUCCGACAACGAGGCUGCCAGAUCAGAUGCGUCAAAGACCAAGGACGACGCGAAGAGCCAAGGCCGCGCCUCUUCGUCCAUCAAGAAGCCGACAUCUUUCAAAGCAAUCAACGUCAAUAAAACCUUUCUCACUUCCAAAACCCCCGCCCCAGGCACUCAGCCCAAGGCUGCCGAGAAGGCGGCCCCAACGACCAGCGCCGCGUCCCCCGCUCCGGGCACCACGACCACGAGCCGGCCGAGGCUGGUUGCCAAACUCGGUAGCGGUUUGAUUACGAAGAGUUCCGGAGGAAACGGGGGAAAGCCGGCUCCUGACCCGAGCGCUGUCUGGAACAAGAAUCGACCCGCCCCUCCACCGGAGCCGAAGAAGUAUACCGACGAGGAGCUCAGGAAAUAUGGAAUCCACAUGGCCUCGCGACUGCAGUCCGACUCCUCAAAGGGCCACUCCAACUGGGCCGAUAUCGAAGACGAUGACGAUGAUUGGGCUCCCGAUACCAUCACGUGGAAAGACGGCACCAAAGUUGCCAUCACGCAUCCCGAGGGACAGCCCGCUAACGCGCCCGCAUCAGAGUCAAAAAGCCAACCAGCUUCGAAGGACAAUGCGCCCGCGGAGAGUACCAAGGCCUCGAGCCCGAGCAGCUCGCCAUCCGUUAAGCCUGGCGUCCUCGGUUCCGGAAAGGGGCUCGUACUGAAGGGUGCGCCUGAAAAGCCGACUCUGGUGGCGAAGCCACCGCCUCCGCCCGCGCCGACCAAGUCGCCAUGGGCGCCCCUACCCAAGAUCGAGAGGGUCUCUCCAGCGGCGGUGGAGGCUCAAACGGGACCAACACCACAACCGAAUUCCGGUGACGCCCGCACGAACCAAACACAUAGUCAGCCGCCACCCAGGGAGAUUGCGGCAGACGACUUCAGCCGAACCCCUUGGCGAGACGGGCCCCAGGGAGGCAACAGGGAGCUUUUCAACUCGCAGUCUGGCCGCUAUGAACCAGCUCCAGACCGCCGUGGUCCGAUGCGCCAGGAGCCGCAGUACGGACGGCAUCCGGCGGUCAUGCAGCGGCCACCACAUCACGAACAGCAAGGGCCUACGGAAUACUCGGGGGGCCUCCAGCCGGGCAGAAACGAGCAUCAGGGACCCGAAGAGCGGAGACGAGGAUCCUCGAACAUUAGCGGCGGAAGCGGUAGCUGGCAACGACUCAAAGGCGCCGAACAUCCACUUCCCCCGCCCGAGCUGAUCAACGCCCGUCGCGCAUCCACGACUGCAGGAAGCGAUAGCCCCGCCUCGCCGAGAAACUUCUCGCCCUCUGGCGCUCAGGGCGGCUCCCAGCAUGGCCAGGCGUUUGGGCCCAGACCUUCUCCUGGAACGGCCCAUGCGACGCCCUAUUCGAGUGGAACGGGCCCUGGCGGUCGCACCAUGCCGCCCCCGGUCCAGCCCUCGCCUACCAUCACGCCAGUCGCCCCCAUUACCGAGGAUGACAUUGAGCUGCAGAAGAGAUUGAUGCGCGAGCGUCGGGAGCUCGCUCUAAAGCGUCGGCAGGAGGAAGAGGCCAGGGAAGAGGCGGCUCGCAGGGAACGGAUUCGCCUGAAACUGGAGGCACUGGGGCCACCUCCGGAGACGAGCAAAAGCAAAAAAGCGGCCGCUAAGGAUCAAGCCUUCACUCCCACGCAGAUUCAAUCGCGGGAGCCUACGAACUCUGAAAAACCAGCGCCGGAGCGAUCGCAGGAAGCACAAAAGGAGGCUCCCCAGGCCGUCACGCCGCAACCGCAACCUGCCAAGCAACCUCCCACUCAACCCGCCCAGUCCACCGAACCGGCAGCACAGACCGUUUCAAAGCCCGAUGGUGCCGAAUCUCGCCCGCAACCUCACCCUUGGGCAACUACGCCGCGGCAGGGUGAUCGACCGGCGGCGGUCUGGGGACCCCAGCCUUCGACCAAGAAUGUAUGGGCUGCUCCGAAUAACAAUAACAACCGAAGCCUAGGAAAUGGGACUUUUGCGACCGAAAUUGGGGCACCACCGCCCCCCUCGGGUCCUGGACCGAUUGCACCGCCGAGCAGCGUCCGCGCUGCCGGCCCGUCGCAGACCAAUAUGACUUCGGCCGCCCCCUGGCAGCCACCAAUCGGGCCCCCGAGACAGCCACAGGCACCCAGGAGCACCGGUGAACGCGACAUGAAGGACAAUCCUUGGGCCGCUGCUGUUCGUGCCAAUGACGGCAGGUUCUCGGAGAUGCUCAGUUCUCAACAGGACGAGAGGGAGCGUCGGUUGCAAGCAGAAGGUCGCUCCCCUGCGGAAGCCCAGCCUGCUAUCAAAGACACUUGGCGUCCAACGAGGCUUGACGAGAAUGGAGUGCGUACCGAGGGCGCACCGAAGCAAACCAUACACAUCGGGAAAGAGAACCCGUGGGCUGGUUCUGCCGAACCUAAGCCCUCGGCCUCCCAGCAAGCGCCGUCGGUGCCGGGUGGCGACGUGUCCGAGUACAGUCAGCUCCCUCAGAGCAGCAUACCUGCCCACGAUAUGGCGUCAGCGUCCAUGAUUGGCACAAAGACGGCAGUGCCGCCUGGAAGGGGCUCGCGCUUCUUCCCGGCUCGCGAUGCCCGUCAAGACGCUCGUGACGUCCGUCCAGAGCCGACUGCGGAAGCGUUACGGCACAACGCUCCAUCCCCUCCCCCUCCCGAUAUGGCCGGCCACCCGGCAUUCGACGGCGACGCAACCCACCCACACGUAUCGUUACCGCGACCGCACCCGAUCGUACGACUCCCACCGGCAGCUUCGGAAUCAAAGACGAGCGCGCCAGAGGCUAACCGGACCACUGCUGGUUCCUCAAGGUCCCAGGGGCCCAGCUUUGCCUGGGCAUCACAGCCGGCCUACAAAGAAGCGGAUGGGCCGCGCGCAUCUGCUCAGAAGCCGGAAAACCCGUGGCAGGCCAAGAUCGACAACCUGCUGGGUGACCGCAAGGUGCACCCGUCUAGGACUGCAGCAAGUGACGUCCAAGCUCCCCCCCAAAAACAGCAGGAGUCGUCGGUUCCCGAACCAGUGGCUCCCGACGCCGGGGUGGAAGGGUUGGCUACCACCAAGGUGAUGGCCGAGGAGUGCUUUGAAGAGCAGGAAAUGGGGUCUGUCCCUCCUAUCAGGCUUCCUAAGACGGUUCCAGAGAUGGCAUGGCAACCUAGCCCCGCACCGAAGCCCCUUAGCAAGAAGUUUUGGCCUACCGUGCUCAGUGCGGAACCGAUCAGCUUCCCCAUCGACGUGUCGGGGGCUGGAAACGUGUGGCGUAUCUGCAUUCCGGGGACCGAGAGCAAGACUGUCACGGUUCCGUUUGGCCGGACGCGCAGCAAUCCGCGUCGGGGAGGACCGCGCGGCGGCCGGCAUAGCUCGUCGGCUCAGCAUAGGCAGGGCAAGGGGCGGGACGGGUCUUCCUCCUAUCCGGGGGAGCAACGCGACGGCGUCUCGGGCUCCAACUCGCACGGCAGAAACAACCGAGGUGGUUAUCGGGGACGCGAAAACUGGUCGCGUCAUGCGGCCUCCCAAAUCCAGGCAUGAUUUGAAUACAUCGCCAUUUUAGGUCUGGGCUGCGAGACAAAAGUGAACAGUGUCGGGAAGUUUGCCCCAGACCACCUUAAGACACUCGAGCUGUCAUACUUUGGAUGACGACGCUCUGCCCCACGGCACAACGGUGGCACCACCCAUGCACAAGUUACCGGGGUAGGUAACGUUGAACCGUUGGUCUGCCCUCCAUUUUGAUAUCGCUGCGCGAUACUAGCAGCAGUGUAUUUUUGUUUUC